GCAGGAGUGGCAGCGACAGAGGCUGGGCCGGCGGACGGGACCUGAACAGCUGCUCCGCGCGCCCCUGUGUGGCCGCGGCAUCAUGAGCGGUCGCGUCGGGGACCUGAGCCCCCGGCAGCAGGAGGCGCUGGCCAGGUUCCAGGAGAACCUGCAGGACCUGCUGCCCACAAUGCCCAAAGCUGAUGACUACUUCCUCCUGCGCUGGCUCCGAGCUCGGAACUUUGAUGUGCAGAAAUCUGAGGACAUGCUCCGCAAGCAUGUGGAGUUCCGGAAGCAAAUGGAUCUGGACAACAUUCUUGCCUGGCAGCCCUCAGAGGUGAUCCAGCUUUAUGACUCGGGCGGCCUGUGUGGCUAUGACUAUGAAGGCUGCCCCACCUGGUUCGACAUCAUUGGGACCAUGGACCCCAAGGGCCUCCUCCUGUCGGCCUCCAAGCAGGAUCUCAUCCGGAAGCGAGUCAAGGUCUGUGAGCUGCUUAUGCACCAGUGUGAGCUGCAGACUCAGAAGCUGGGCAGAAAGAUCGAGAGGAUGCUGAUGGUGUUUGACAUGGAGGGGUUGAGCCUCAGACACCUGUGGAAGCCAGCCGUGGAGGUUUAUCAGCAGUAUUUUGCCAUCCUGGAAGCAAAUUAUCCUGAGACAGUGAAGAACUUAAUUGUCAUCCGAGCCCCUAAGCUUUUUCCGGUAGCCUUCAACUUGGUCAAGUCAUUCAUGGGUGAGGAGACACGCAAGAAGAUAGUGAUUCUGGGAGACAACUGGAAGCAGGAGCUGACAAAGUUCAUCAGCCCUGACCAGCUGCCUGUGGAGUUUGGGGGCACUAUGACUGAUCCGGAUGGUAACCCCAAGUGCCUGACCAAGAUCAACUACGGAGGUGAGGUGCCCCGGAGCUACUACCUGCGAGAGCAGCUGAGGAUACAGUAUGAGCACAGGGUGACCGUGGGCCGAGGCUCCUCCCAGCAGGUGGAGAAUGAGAUCCUGUUCCCAGGCUGUGUGCUCAGGUGGCAGUUUGCAUCAGAUGGCGGGGACAUCGGCUUUGGGGUUUUCCUGAAGACCAAGAUAGGGGAGCGGCAGAGUGCUGGGGAGAUGACAGAAGUUCUGGCCAGCCAGCGCUACAAUGCCCACAUGGUGCCGGAGGACGGGAGCCUCAACUGCCUCAAGGCUGGCGUCUAUGUCCUGCGUUUUGACAACACCUACAGCCUGAUACACACCAAGAAAGUCAGCUACACCGUGGAGGUGCUGCUCCCUGACAAGGCCUCUGAGGAGAAGCUGCAGGGUCUGAGAUCAACGAGACCCUCCCCAAUGCAGUGAAGACCCUGGCCACCUCUGCACCUGUUCCCUCCGACCCCUUUGCAGCCCCCUGUCUGCCCCUGCCCUCCAGGUGGUGCUAACAGUGGCCACAAAGAGCCACUUACCCUGCAUCACCAUCUCAGCCACUGUGUGCCCCCUUGGCACAGGGGCCACGCAGGAACGGGGACAACUAGUGCUUAGGUCACCCUAAGAUUCAAAGGAGCAUUUUGUCCCCUUGUCUUAGAGAAUGGAAAUGACAACAAUACCGAGGAGAAACCUGGGUUUACAGCUUCUGCCUGCAGAAGCUGCCUUUCAGUCUUUCUGAUGAGGCUUACUUAUCCCAGGAUUGACCUGUGCCGGGUUUCCCAGUUAGGGGUGCAUGAGUGCCAGCAAGGCCCCCAGCUUUGGGCCUGAGGAGCAGAAAAGCCCCAUUCUCUGCACACUGAAGGUCAGAAAGGAUGGGCAGAAUCAUCAGGAGGCAUCGGGGGGGGGGGACCUAAGGCAAGUGAGGGUCCAACUUUCAGCUGAGCAUCGAGGCCUCACCAAGCUUGUUCUGCUACCUUGGGAGGGAAACAUCAGAAAUGGGGUGGCAGGACCAAGUAGCAAUGACAUCACAGCAUGGUCAGCCCUGCAAAGCUCCAGUGGCCCCCUCCCUCCAUGCUGCUGGUGCUCAGCUGGGCUUUCCAGCCUGAGUGAGGCCCAGACCAACCCAGAGUUAGAGGGAAGGUUCCAGAGAUGAGAUGCAGCCUGUGAGCUGCCACUUGUGAUGCCCAUCCUAGACUCUGACCCGAUUCUUGAAGAACUGUUGAGUUUUUUUCUCUAUCUUGGUCUCCCCAGGAAAGUCUGGGCCAUGUAAUCCAGUAGCCAGCCAAUAUUGGCUUCUCUACAUGGUUGGUCAAAGGCUGGCCCUCCUGGUGUCCACAGCCUACAUGCAGGAUGACCAUAUCUUGUGCUUUUGGGUGGACUCUACCCAACAGGGCAGAGCUUGCCUAGGAGUGAGCCGAGGAAGUCGCCCAGUCCGGAUUGGUGGGUUGAUUCCAGAAGGCAAUGAAGCCAGUGCCUAGGCCUGAGGCACUGGCGGUACUGCCCUGAGCCUCCCCACUGCCCUCUGGCUGGACCAGGACAGUGGCCACCAGUAUCUCAAAAGACUUGUGUUCUGCCCAUGUGGCUCAGCUCCCAGCUCGAGUUCAUUAAUCCUGCCCUCCUUGUUUGUCCUGCCCUAUUGUGCCAAAGGGCAAGAGUCCUGUCCUCCACUCUGGGAGGAGUCAGAUGUCCCUGUAAAAUGGGUCCCUGCCUCAAAGUAUCAACACUCUCUCUGCCAAAGACCCCUCCCAGAGGCCAGGAGCCUCAGUACACACUGCCUGUCCAAGGACCUCACAAGUAAGAAACCAAGCUGCAGCCCUUUCUGCUCCUAGAUUCUGGGAUUUCAUCCCCCUCUUCCAGUUAAUAGGUGAUUUCUUCAUUGUCCAGGAUGCAUUUUAAAAGAGAAAUAAUGAUGCUUGGAAAGAUGGGGCGUCUUCAAGGCAGUUACACAGCCCUAGGGGCCAACUGCAGCAUUCACAGUUUAGCAGCAGAGCAGCAGAUCCGCUGCCAGAGAAAACACUCAACACCUAAAGUCAUCCAUGAAGCAUGCGAGUCCACAGGGAUUUAAGGAGACUGGCAAGAGAACAAACAGUGGUGACUCUGGCUCCACAGAGACUGCUGGGGGCUGUCAGGCAGGCCUUACAAGAUGUUCUCAAGUUAAAGGGCUGCCCCAUAUCCAAGAUGUGACACAUUUCCAUGACCCCUUUGCACCUUGUGUCCACUUUCCCUGCUGCCUCUCCAAUGGCACUUGGGCUUCCAAAACUCUAUGCCAGAGAGGGUGGUCAUCCCGCUUUGGGAGGAGCCUCUCGUUGCUUUCCCUUAGCCCGCCUGUGGCCAUGACAGAGACUUGAAACAACUGAGUUCAGCCUUCCCUUCACCCCUGGCCUAAAACCAGGUGUCUGGACUUGAACCCUGAUCUUUGCCCUUCUAACCACACACAGCCAAUUUUAGGUCAACACAACCCCCACCAGUUUCCUGGCAGAUCCCAAAGAUUGUUCCGUCCCCUGCACACGAUCACCUGAGGCUCUAAGCACAGACAAUAGACACAGAUGGUUGAUCUGGGUACUGGGCAGUGAGCACUUGGCCACCUUCACAGGUGACAGUAGUACCUCCUACCUGGCCCAGGAGGCAGGGACACAGUAAGAGCUCAACAGGAACACGUUCUCAGCAUAUCCCAUUCUAAUAUUUUUUUCUCUUUUGGAGACUAAACCCAGGACCUUUGCACUGAGCUGCAACCCCAGCCCCUUUUCA